AUGAACAAGAUCUUUCAACAUAAACAUCAAAAGCUUAUUCUUCAGUGUUAUCCUGCUGGAAAGGCAAUCGACAAGAAGCCAAAUUCGUCCGAGCUAAGCUAUUUAUUGUACUAUGCAUCAACACGUAGAGUCAAAUUGGAGAAGGUGAUUUAUUUUCUCAAAGACAAGACUCAACAUGAUGCUGCAAGAAAUCGUACAGGAAAUUUACAAGUCACUAUAGCAAUCAUCAAAGAGUUGAUCGCCAAAUGUAGUGAGAAUUUGAACGUUUUCGCCCCUCAAGCCUGUACCAUCUUCAAGACCUGUCUCGAUACUAAAGACAUAGCUGUGUGCAAAAGUGUAGUCAAGACAUAUGAGGUGUUGUGCCAGAAAAUGGAUGGAGCGCUAUUUGGCGGUGAUAAAGAGUUCGUGCAAGAUUUCACUGAUCUCACUCAGCAAUUAAUCUCCUUUGGAAAAGAAAAGAACAUUUCGCAAAACCAAUAUGAUUGGCAGAUGGUUUCAUUAAAAGCUAUAUACGCUAUAUCCAAUUGUUUGGGCUUCACUAGUAGUACCUCAAAAAAGUUUAUUGCCGUAUCAAUUCCCUUUUUGAUUCAAAUUUUAUUGCACAACAAUAACAUCAGCAGUUUAAUGCAACGGUUAAAGUCAAGCAUCAACGUUGAAUCUGAUGGAAAGAGGUUGUCACGGGUGCAACUGCAUAAAUCUCAUACCCAGCUCACUAACCAAAUCGAAGUUGAUUUUGAUAACGACACAUUAACAUUGACAGAUGUGAAUGAGGAAGCAUUCAAUGCUUUGAGAGCUUUCUUCAACAAUAAUGCUACAGCCCAGAUAUCUGAAGUAACAAGAGCUGUGGUUCAACACGUUUUCACAACAAAUAUCAAUUUAGAUUGGGGUAUUGUUUUAUUGGAGUUGUGUGUCACGUGGAUUCCUAUUCAAUUGAGAUUUGUUAGUUGUUCCACAUUGUUGGCCACUUUGAAUCGUAUAAACAUUGAAGGAGCCUCCAAGUCAAAUUAUCCACUUCAUUUACUGUAUGCAAAACAUUUAUUGGGAUUAUUAUCAUCCGGUAUUAAUAUGAUUGGUUUGUCCAUUUCGGACAUUAUUCAGCAAUUGUUGAAUUUGCAGACUGACUUGAUUUUGAAACCAAGUGACUUGAGCAAAUCUGAAAUUGACGUUUUAACCAACAUAUAUUCCGAAUGCAUUUGCAAUGUGACAACCCAUAUUUAUUACUACGAUCAAGUACCUGAUUCAAUUCAAGAAAUUUUGGUCAAGGUUGAUUUUGUUUUGGACAGUUCGUUUGUUGGCAGCUCUGAGCAAACCUCCUCAGGCGAGAGAAUCCAUGAUCUUAUUGUUCAAUUUUUGGACAACAUUUCUAAAAUCUUCCUCAUUUUGAAGAGCAAGACCAGUAGUAUUAGCAGAAAUCAUGUUAAUCUUGAACAUUGGGAUAUCAGUUUAGGAUUGUUGGCACCUGAUAGUGAAUUUGACGAUGAUAGAAAUACAAUAUUAUCGCUCCAACAAAUUCGAAACAUUCAGGCAAAAUAUUUGAAGGUGUUUGAUGAGUUUUUGAAUAUUGAGUUGGCAGCUGCGUCACGAUCAGCUUAUGAAGUUAUUAAGCAACAGCAAUACAAGCCUGAUCCUGGGAAUGGAAGUGGCCAUUUGAUGGAUAGAUCAGACAGCUCAAAGGACAAUAAAUUGAACGGUAAAAACUUGAUGGAACCCGAUGUUAACCAGUACAUCACCCAGCAACAGAAUUUUAUUUCCCACUUUUUGAUGUAUGCAGAUAAGUUUUUUGAUGGCCAAGAGGCACCAAACACAGAAUUGGUUCUAUUGUUAGUCAAGGUUUUGAAAGAUAUGAUUGAAAUUCUUGGUUUGAAUUUUGUCAGUAAUUUCAUUCCUUUCUUCCAUCAUGGGGUAUUGAGAUUGGACAGAACAUCUGAAUUUUCUCAAAGACAAAUGUAUAAAGAUACUAUUGUGCAUAUUUUGUUGUAUUACAUCUUGAAAAAUCUCGAUGAGCAAUAUGAAGAGGAGUUGGAAGGGUAUUGCAAGACUUCUAGAUUAUACAAGCUAGUUUUAGAUAGUGUUGAAUACAGGAGGCAACACGGGUUAUGGAUCCACGGAAUCGAUUCACCACCAUCUGAUUUGGAAAACUCCAAAGGAAAGAGGGUUUUACCUAAAGAUGCCAAUGGUAACGAUAUAAAACUUCGGAUCAAGAGUGAAAACAUUGAAGAGUUUGCCUGUGGUAACAACUUUCUUAUUGUUUGGUUACAUCCUCAAAAACCAUUAUUAACUGAAAUCGAAAAGCCUCAAGUGUCUACCCAUAUGAGUCAAUUCAACAAUGAUUCACGAAAUACCAACAAUACGGCCUUUAUGGACUUUGAUGAAAACCAUUCAGCCGCUGCUGCUGCUGCUGCUGCAACAGCAGCUGCUCACUCUGACCAUUUUGCUCCACAAUUCAAUAAUCACACUGGUCUUUCUUCAGAUGCAGUUACAACGGAUUCUGAACAGGGUUUGUAUACUGGAUUGGGAUUGGGUACAGCAAAAGAUAUUCAUGCCAUCCGUGCCGAGAUCUUACAAUAUAGUCAACAUUUCCAAGAGAGAGGAAUUCCAUAUGCUGCCAAUUACACCUUGACGAACAAUGGUAAUACUGUGUCUACAAUUAGUCGAUUAAAUGGCGAUUUAGAUUCUUUUGAUCAGACCAAUGGGUCGAUAUAUACGUUCAAUUCUCAUGUCAAUUGUCCUAGAAUUGUUGAUUUGAAAGAAACAUUGAGUAUGAACAAUUUGAAAGGUGUACCAAGUAGAAAUGGUAUGGCUGCUCGAAACAUGGAUCAAACUGUGUCGAAUAAUUCAAUUUUGAGUAAAAAUCUAUUGUCUACCGAUGUUGAUUCUAUCUUAGCUGGAUUAGAUAGUGACGACGAAGCUGCAUUUGUUGUUUGA